AUGUCUUCGUACAACUACGCCGCCCCCACCGCCGCACCCGCGUACGGCAUCUUCCCUGCUGGUCAGACGUCGCCGAACGCAUUUGCAGCCUUCCACCAAUCACCUCGCGACAUGCACAACAUGUACGCAUCUUUUGGGGCAGCGUCAACACAGAGUGGGCAGUCCCAAGGACAGAGUGGGGUCAACUCGUUGAAGAAGCUCGUUUCUCGCAAAUGA